CUGCCACAGAGGCACAGCAGACAGCGCGUUUGGGAGGUGUAGUGGAAGAAAGGCAAAGAGAAACGGAGUAAAUGAGAGCACUUCUGUCCACAUUGUUGAAGGACUUACCAACUUAAAACACCGCCGAAGCACCAAAGUAUAAUGAGACGGGCACACUGUUGAGCUGCUGUCCAGGUUACCACCAUUGAGAAGGCGGCCUUAAACCCCAGGACCCCAUCUGCAGGCUCCUGCAUUGGGCUGAGUGAAGGAAGCAAAGUUGUGUCUCUCCUGGUGGGAAACCUGGAUCCUCCAUCUUGUCCACCAACAUGACCAAUGUGGUGAUCGUCAAGGAGGGAUGGCUGCAUAAAAGAGGAGAAUACAUCAAGACCUGGAGGCCGAGGUAUUUUCUCCUCAAGAGUGACGGUACAUUCAUCGGUUACAAAGAACGACCACAAGAUGUUGACCAGCUGGAAACCCCCUUAAAUAACUUCUCUGUUGCACAGUGCCAGCUGAUGAAGACGGAACGACCCAAGCCCAACACAUUUAUCAUCCGCUGCCUGCAGUGGACCACUGUCAUCGAGCGUACCUUCCACGUGGAGACCCCCGAGGAAAGGGAAGAAUGGACCAAAGCCAUCCAGGCAGUUGCUGAAGGCCUUCAUAAACAAGAAGAGGAGAGGAUGGACUCCUCUCCAGAGCCCAUGGACAUGGAGGUCUACCUGACCAAACCCAGACAGAAAGUGACUAUGCAUGACUUUGAAUACCUCAAACUCCUGGGAAAAGGCACUUUUGGCAAAGUUAUUCUGGUAAAGGAGAAGGCCACAGGACGCUACUAUGCCAUGAAGAUCCUAAAGAAGGAGGUGAUCGUAGCAAAAGAUGAAGUGGCACACACACUCACUGAAAACAGGGUCCUCCAGAAUUCAAAGCAUCCGUUCUUGACUGGACUGAAAUACUCCUUCCAGACUCAUGACCGCCUGUGUUUUGUAAUGGAGUACGCAAACGGUGGUGAACUUUUCUUCCAUCUGUCAAGAGACCGGGUAUUUUCAGAAGAACGGGCUCGGUUCUAUGGUGCAGAGAUAGUGUCAGCGCUGGAUUACCUACAUGCUGAGAGAAACGUGGUUUAUAGAGAUCUGAAGCUGGAAAACCUCAUGCUGGAUAAAGACGGACACAUAAAGAUCACAGAUUUUGGUCUCUGUAAGGAGGGGAUCAAAGACGGAGCCACUAUGAAAACUUUCUGCGGGACGCCAGAGUACCUCGCACCUGAGGUCCUAGAAGACAAUGACUACGGCCGCGCUGUGGACUGGUGGGGUCUGGGCGUGGUGAUGUAUGAGAUGAUGUGCGGCCGGCUGCCGUUUUACAACCAGGAUCACGAGAGGCUGUUUGAGCUCAUCCUCAUGGAAGACAUCCGUUUUCCUCGGACUCUCGGCCCUGAGGCGCGCUCGCUGCUUUCCGGUCUCCUUAAGAAGGACCCAAUGCAAAGGUUAGGUGGAGGGCCUGAUGAUGCCAAGGAAAUCAUGCAGCACAAAUUCUUUGCUGGGAUAAAUUGGCAAGAUGUCUAUGAAAAGAAGCUUGUCCCGCCGUUUAAGCCCCAAGUUACCUCAGAGACGGACACAAGAUAUUUUGACGAAGAGUUCACAGGACAAAUCAUCACCAUUACGCCACCCGGACAAGAUGACAGCAUGGAAUCUUUCGACAGCGAGCAACGACCCCACUUCCCACAGUUCUCCUACUCUGCCAGUGGGACAGCCUAAUAUGCAAAUCUCAAACAUUCCUCCUGUCCCACGUUCAUUCCCUCUCUCCAUCCGACUGCACUCUCAAAAGGCCCCAGCCUACUCAGCCUCGUCCUCCCCCAGCAUUGUCUGCACAAGCCCCCCGUCGGAUGUCUCAGUCUGAGCCGUUGUUGUUGUUUUACAGGAUGGAGGAAGUGCGAGACAAAAACAAAGAUAAACGUGCUUGUUCUUGGUGGCCUUUGAAGACUGACCAUGGAGAUAACACUACCCUGCAUUUCCUGGUUGUUAUGCUGUAUACAGAGCAGGCAUCCGUACUCCAUAAUGAACGGGGAAAUGUAGCUAUGCACAAAUUGGGCUACUCCCAUAGCUCAAUGGGGUUUUUUUGUCUUUUUUUAAGGGGUUGUUUAUAUUCAAUAAAACAUCAACCAUUUCAAAUAGGUUUUAGGCAUGCUGUGGACCAAAAACACCAUGUAAAACAGAGAGUGUGUUGUUUGUUGAGUGGGUGAUUUAUUCAUGUUUUUCGAGUCUUUUCGGACUUCUUUGGCCUCAUAAAGUGAAUGUACCGUAUCAAAUAAAGUUAAUCUUCCUUCAUACUGAUGUGUAAUUCUCCUAAGACUGAAAAGUCCUCUUCGCUUUAAGCCAGCCUUGAUGCAAAACUGAAACCUAUCUGUCGUAUUACCAUUCCACACAAUGAUAUAUCUGAGGAAUCAGCAGUGCAAUCUAGUCUAACAUGACGCGAGCGUGAGUGAUCAUUCAGUUUCUUUUAAAAAUUGCUUGCACAUGACUCAGAUCCACUGCUUCCUGUUCAGGCUAAUAAAAAGCAUCUCCACUCCUGAAGUCAGCGCUUACACUUCCUGGUGCCUUUUCAUGUGGAUGCGCCUUCUGCUCCAAGCUCUUCUUUUCUCCUUUGGGUUUUUCCUCUGUAUACAGUACACUAUUGGGUGUUAUAUUCCACCUGGUGCAUAUGCUGCAGCCUCAGUGAGGUCACUUCAACAUAAUACACUUCUUUAGGAAAACUUUGCAAGCAAACUAGGCUUCAGGGGAAAACGGUGAUCUUUCAUUUGCGUCUUUAGGGGACUUCCACCCCUCUCACUAGCUUCCGAGUUAUUUAUGAGACCAAUGUGGAUGAAAAGGAGUUUCACUGUGCCAAUGAUAUGCACUUUGUUGGCCAAAAAUGAUUGUAUUAGGACCCCCUCUAUAUAUGGCUGGUAAAGACUAAAUUAGCUUCCUUUUGUAAGACGAAUUUGUGUGUUGUGGAUACGAUUGAAACAAGACGUGUUGGUUUGAAUCAUUUCUUGUGCUGAGGCUAAAACCGAUGGUCUUCUUUCAGAAGUUUCCGGAAGCUCUUCAGUAUUUUUAGAACGACAGAUAAUCAUUGUCAAAAGUGCAUAUUUUCAUUGAAUGUAAUGUUUUUUUUAUAUUGUUUUCUCUUCAGUCGUUUGCAAACCUUUGUUCACUCUUUGAGUCUGUUUGUUACUUAUUCCUAUGCACACUCCCAUCUUGGCUGUCACCUUCUGAAAAUAGGGGGGGGGGAUCCUUUUAUAUUUUUUACUUCAACUUUUUUUGUACCUGCCCCUCCUGUAUUCCUGUGACCGAGGACACCAGCUUUAGUAAACAAAUAAUAUAAACUUUGUACACUGUUUUUACAUGUUUUCUUCUCAAUUGAUGAAAUUAAAGGUCUUAUCAACUGA